GUGAAUAUCAAGAUUUAUAUAAAGAUUGGAAAGUAUUUUUCAUUCGUAUAUUUCACUAUCUCUCAACAUUUCCGGUGAAACUCGAUAAUAAAUUUUAUCCUGCAAAUAUUUAUUUAAAUAGAACCACUGAUUCGAAAGACAGAGAGAGCUGUUUGAAGAUGAUGGGAAUGGGGAUUGAACAAGGCUACAUGAAUAAUGAGCCUCUUGCCUUCAAUGCUAACAAAGGAAAGCCACCCAUGCCAUCUGAUGGGAAAAAGGAUGAUAACUCGAUGAAUGCAUUUGCAGCUAAACUUUUAAACAUACCAAAAUCUGAGCGUCAAUUUUCUGAUGAUGGUUCCAGCAUGACUAUGCCACCUAUGCCCCCUGCGGGAAUCAGCGAUGGUAAUCUAGAUCAACAGAAUAUGAUGAUGCAAGGGGGACAGGGUUUCUUUCCUAUGGGCGGUAUGGGGCCGAUGAUGGGAAUGAUGGGCCCUGGACCUAGCCCUGAGAUGAUGAGUAUGGGAAAUAUGAUGAUGUUCCCUGGGAUGGGUUGGGGACCAGGUGGGGCUCCAAUGGGAACAACUGAUAACAUGCAGAUGGCGCCAGUUGUAAAGGAAAUUAUAAGGAUGAAGAAUUGCGUUCUAUAUCCUCCUCCGCCAAAUGCUCCCCCACCAACAACAAGAGAGCGUCCACCAGGUUGCCGGACAAUAUUUGUUGGUGGUUUACCUGAAACGUGUACAGAAGAAAUUCUACAGGAAGUGUUCGGGGAAUUCGGUCCCACCACUAGUGUUCGUAAAAGCAAGAAGAAGAAUUUUGCACAUGUUCGAUUUGAGGAUGAGAAUAGCAUUGAUAGAUCGCUGUUUUUGUCAGGUUACAGAAUGAAAAUAGAGGACAAAGAUGACAAAGCUAACACAGGUCGACUGCAUGUAGAUUUCGCCAUGGCACGGGAUGAUCAGUACGAGUUUGAAUGCAAGCAACGAGCACUAAUGCGAGAUAUGAGGCAUCGUCAACGUGUCGAGGAAGAACGGUUACGACCGCCAAGUCCCCCUCCAAUUAGUCAGUACAGUGAUUAUGAAGCUUCUGCACUGAGUGAAAAACUGAAAUCUGACGAAGAUUUCAUGAAGGCGUCACAGGUGUUGUUGACAUGGUUAGAGAGAGGCGAUGUCAGUCGUAGAAAUAUCAACACGUUCUACAGUAUGAUUCAGUGUACGAACUCUCAUAUACGCAGAUUACUCAUGGAGAAACAAGGCCAUGAGGAGGAGCUUUUACGAAUGAAAGAAAAGUUCAAGAGCAUAUUUGAAGGAAUUUUACGACAAUUUGAUCAGAUUGAGAAAAUCUUCACGUUGGCGCAGAAACAACGUAACUGGGAUCAUUUUACAAAAGCUCAGCGCAAGAACAUUGAACUCUGGCUCAAACAGGCAAAGGAAAUCAAGCAGAACCAACAAGAGGAGUUCUUUAGUAAUCGUCAGGAGGCCGAGAUGGAAAUGUCUGAUGAUGACGAGGGGCCGACAAUACCAAAACGAAAAAAGCCGGAGUACAGUGAAACUACGACAAACCAGUAUGUUGAAAUGGCUGGCAAAUUGAACCAGUUAAAUAUGUUAAAAGAUGAGAAUGAUGAUCUGAAGUGUCAGAUGGAAGCUUUCAAAAAUGAGCUGGAGCUGUAUAAACAGGAGAAGACAUCAAAUAGAGGUGACAGUGAGAAAGAGGUCAAAGCAUUACAAAUGGCUAUGCAGGGGAUGCAACAGCAAUUGAUUACAGCAAGGACUGAGCUAACAGACUACAAGAAGAGAACUGACCAGGAAAAAGCUGUACUUGCCCUUGAGAAACAAUCAGCAUUAGAUCAGCUGUCUAAAGAAAAAGCUGCAAAUAAAGACAGAAGCACCUCGAGUUCAGAAUCCACCUCAGAGGAGAAACAGCAACCAACACCACAGAAAUUGGCAGUAGCUGAAGAUACAAUAAGCAGUACUGGGACACAUGUCACAGAAAAAGAAGCACAACUUGUUGGUUUGGUGUGUUGUUUCUUACAUGUACAUCCCACUGGAGCAUCUUUAGAUUAUAUCUGGUCAUAUCUGCACCGGCUCGGUGUUGCCUGUCGUGUUAGUGAACUAGAAACAUUACUCGAGAAAAUGUCCAUUAUUUUCCGACAGGAAGUGAGUGGGGUAGGCGCAACUAUAGAAAGACGAUGGCACUUCACUGGAUAUAGAGGCUUUAGUUCUUCAUCAGCCAUUUCAUUUUGAUGGUUUCUUGAAGUAAAUUUUCUCUAUAAGUUUUAAGACAUUUUCAUAUCUGACGGAGAUGAUUUUGCGAAGGGAUAUUUUACGCUACAUUGACAUUGCUGAAUCAGAAUGAACAUUAAAAAGACGUCGUGACUUUGUUGUGUUGCUCAAGAUAAAAGUUCUGUUGAAAUCCAGAUGGAUUGCUGAAGAGAUAUUGUGAUGAAGUAAGGUUGGUUUGUUUGUGAAGUGGUGAUUUCAUCUUUCAUCAUCAUUUUUACAAAACAAUCAUGUUCUACGCAAACUGUAGGGGUUUCUGGUUGGGGUUGAAGUCUUACAAAACUAUGCUUUUUUAACAAGGUUUUGCAACUUAUUUAGCUUUCAUAAAACUAAGGGUUAAAUUAGUAAAUUUUAAUCAGUGUAUUUGCAGUAUUUUCAACAACUGUUUUCUGCCCUAUUAAGUGACUGAGAGAAUUUCAGUCUAAAGUAAAAAGUGUAGAUGAUUUUUUUAAACUUUAGCUAUUCAUAUCAUUUAGAAAUUCAAUACUUUGAAUAAAGAGUUUCUUGCUUCAGAACAUAAAUUUAAACAUUGCACAUUAUAUUAUAUUUGUUGAUGUGUACAUUUUAAAGUUGUUUUGAAAAUUCAUUUAUCUUUUAUACAUAGCACAAAUGUUAUUGUACAUGUAUUUUGCUGUCAGCAUUUUAUGUUCCUGUAUUUUUGCGCCAUGAAACCCAACCCAAUACAAGUAUUAAUCAGUCAUUGUAAUACACAAUUUUAAUAGGGCAAACAUUUUAAUCUUUCCUUCACUUUUUUAUAAGGAUUGCUCAUAGUUUUGAGUGAAAAUUUGCAUUGUAUGAAUUCAUCUUGAAUUGUUAUAGAUAUGUGAUUGUGAAAAUGGUAAAUUCAGUGAUAUAAAUUGAUGAAAAUUGAGUAAAAGAGAUAAAUGGGCAGCUUUUUUGCAUGUCAGACAAGAUUAUUUGCUGUUUUACACCGGUGUCAGAAAAACCUGUCUUACAUCCCCGUGUAGGAUUUAAUGCAUUAUGGUUUAGUUUUCCAUUUCACUUUAAGUGAAGUAAGGUGAUUUCUUACAUUUAUGUUAAGUAUUUUGUUGUAUGAUGACAUUUUCUUGUAUAUGAAGUAUUAUUGUUAAGCUUCAAUCUUGAUAUGUGUGCUGCAUACAUUUUAAAUGUAUGGAAUAAAGGUAUAAAAAAUA